UUACUCUGUAAAAUGACGAAACUACCCUCAGGCACCUUCUUCUUUAAACACGCUUCUCUCUGUAACGUCGUCCAAUUUGAUCCAAACCUGAACCCUAAUUUCGACUCCGUCACCGAUCCGAAAGAUGACGAAAGACUUCGCCGUUCCACCAGUAGUCUUCCCCGGAGCCAACAACGUCCAGCAACGACGAUUCCCGCGCUCUCCCUUCCAGCCUCCACCACCACGCCCUUCCUCCUCCGCGAUCCCUUUCAUGUCGUUCGACAUCGGAUCCGCAGACCCCGCCGGACCUUUCAACAACAGAGGAGGCUCAUCCUCCUUCGAAGACGAGGAGCCUCUCCUCGACGAGCUCGGGAUCCACCCGGAACAAAUCUGGAGCAAGACCCGAUCGAUUCUCAACCCGUUCCGAAUCAAUCAAACCGUUCACAGGGACUCGGAUCUCUCCGGACCGAUCUUUCUCUACCUCGCGCUUUGCCUUUUCCAGCUCCUCGCCGGGAAGAUCCAGUUCGGUGUGAUUCUCGGGUGGAUCGUUGUUUCGUCGAUCUUUCUCUACGCGGUUUUUAACAUGCUUGCGGGGAGGAGUGGGAACUUGAAUCUGCACACGUGUACGAGUUUGGUUGGGUACUGUUUGCUUCCCGUGGUGGUUUUAUCUGCUGCGUCGUUGUUCGUGCCGCAGGGAGCUGGGGUGGUUAGGUUUGUGGCUGCGGGGGUGUUUGUGUUGUGGGCCACGAGGGCUUGUGCUUGUUUGGUUGUGUCUUUGGCUGAUGGUGGAGGGGAGCAUCGUGGGUUGGUCUCGUACGCUUGUUUCUUGAUCUAUUGUCUCUUCUCUCUUCUCGUUGUGUUUUGAUUUGCUCUGUUUAUGAUUUAGCGAGGUGUAAAGGCUCUUUUUUUUUUUUUUUGGUAAAUUUUAGAGAUAUGUUAAUGAGAAUUUGAUUCAAAGUUUGUAUCUUUCACUUUGAUUUUUCAGAGGUAAAUUAUAUUUUGACACAAUUCA